AUGCAGGAAUGGGGUGGCAUGGUCCAGCUUCAGAAUACACUGAAGAACCUAUAUGACCAGUACCACUACUCCCCCAAGGCUCUCAGGGAGCUUCACCAGAUUACUGAGGCCCUGGAUGAAAAGAUUGUAUGUGAUAGUUACUCUGUCCACCUGGCCCAUUUUGAGAACAUGGCAAGCAUGGAAAGGAGCCCCAAACCAUCACCAGCAAAACAAGUCACUGGGUAUCUCAAGAACCUGCACCAUUUAAUCUUCCUACACUUCAUGUGUGACACACUUGAUCAUCUCGCUCUUUUGAGCAAAGAGUUCCAGAAAGACAACAACACGGUGUGUCAAGCGGUUGAAAGCCUGGAGACAUGUUACUGGAACCUGACAGCACUCAAGACAGAAAUGGGUCCACAGAUGGCCAAAGUCUACGAGGCAGUGAAGACCAAUGGAGAAUACAGAGGAGUGCAGUUCCAGGUUCGACAUGCAGUUCCGAGCUUGGAAGCAGAACGAGCUGCAGUGAUUGAUGCCAUCAUCUUUCACUUAGAGGAGAAGUUGAGGGACCUUCAAAGGGUCAGUCCAGUCAGUAAAUUUAAGGCCUUUGAUCCCUCUUGCUGGCCCAAAUGGGAUAGGUCAGACGGCAGCAGUGUCGGACUGGCCAUUGGGAGAAUCGGGAGAUUUCCCGAACUGACGGUCAAACUGACGGUCAAAUCCAUGGCACUAUGCAAAAAAAAGAUAUAG